CGAGCGAAUGCACGUAAGUACAAAAUGCAUAUCAUGUGCUUUACAGUAGUACGUUGCUUAUUUAUUUAUAUUUUUUUUUUUUUCUAACCCUCUUUAAUUUUUUCCACUCCGUUUUUCCUCUACCAUUUUAAACGCGAACACAACAUUUGAACGAAACGUGUCGGUUCGUAUCCCCCAAUUUAGGGAUACUUCAAACUGGAGCAAAGCUGCAAGGAGUCAAAAUGAACGAUUAGCAAAAAAGUGGUGCAAAAAAAAGGGGGCGUAAAGGGGGGCAUACAUACAGGCACAAAGGAGUGCAUACAGGGAGGUAUAAAUGAGUACAUUUUUCUGCCUAUGCGCUUCCCUUUUUUCACAAGUUGAGGAUACCCCCCCCCUGGACAUUCGCCGCUUCGUCCAUUCGUCCCACCUUCUCUAAUUUUUAACCUCAAAAGUAUAAGAAGAGGAUCCAAACAAGGGAAAAAAUGUGGAAAGAAUGACGUGAAGAAAAAUACCAAGUACGUCACAUAAGAAAUGAUGUAUAUAAAAGGAGCCGAAAUGAAUUAAUUGUAGCCAAUUUUUUUUUUUUUUUUUGUGAAAAAAUCCAGUAAUGUUUUCCUUUAUCUUUGCAAAACGAUAGAUUUUAAUUUGCUAUAAGGUUAACGAGAGAGGGGGGUCCCGGAAAAAAAAAAUGCAGUCCUGUGGAGUCACAUUCAUUAAACUAAGAUUCAGCACCACCGUUGCACAGUAAGAGGUCACUGGCAUUUUGGUCCCCCACCUGAUGAAACGCAAGCCGCUAACCCGAUUAUCAUCCCGUAUGUAUUACAGCAGGGGAUAAGUUAGCAAAUACGUGACUCGUAACAUAUGCAGGAGGGCGCAUACACAUUGUAGUCCCGCAUCUGACAGCUACGUGCAAGGCGAUAAAACUGUGUAAACUUACCUAUGCAAAUAAAGUCCCCCCGAGGAAAAAAAAAAGCAGCAGCGGAGAGAUUACAUACAUUUCUACACACGAACAUCGACCCCUGUGUCACUCUAUUCACUUCCCAUUUAAGAGGCAACAAAUAAUGAAUAAUAGACACAACCAAGAUGAAUACAGCUUGAGGAGAAGCAUCAACAACACACUGCGUAACAAAUCGAAUUUACUUAAAAAUGGGGCGAGCAAUAGUAAGAAAAGUGCCUUAAAAAAAUUUGUCCCAAAUAUUGACAAUUUGAAAAAUGAAAAUAAAAUAAAAACGGAACAAGUGGACAAAUUAGAUGAUAGCUUAAAUAACAGAAGCAUUCAAGAGUUAAUAAAGAAAACGAUCAACUUUGAUUUGCAAAAUGAAAAAAAAAAAAAUGAUAAUCAUUUUAAUGGCAACAAAAUUAAUAAAGCUUUCCCUCCCCAUGAAGUAGCAGAAAAAAAGAUAAGCAGUAACAAUUUGAACUUACUAAAUUUGGAAUACUUAAAGGCAAACAAUGAUGAUCAUGUUGUGGAAUCUCCUCAAAAGAAAAAAACGUCCAUAGAUAUUUACGAAUUAAACAACAUAAGUAAAAACAUCUUCUACAAUAAGAAGACUACCUCCUCCGAUGCUCACUUUUUGCCACUGACCUUGCCAUUUUUUACAAAUAAUGAGAAGCAAAAAAAAAUUCGAAAACUGUUCCUCAACAAGGAACGAUUCUUUUUCUACAUCCAGCUGCCCAACAUGCUACCAGCUCUUCUUCGAAACGAGGAACAAAAUGAAAACAAAGACGAUGUAACAAAAGAGCGGGGGCGGCAACAGACGGGCUGCAAGACGGAAGAAAAGGAACAAAUGGAAACAAAAAAGGAAAAAAAAGUGAUCCAAAAAACGAACAACAGCGCAUACGAACUCAGCAAUGUAAGCACACUACCCAAUGGUAAAUUUGCAAAGCUAAUUAUUUACAAAAAUAAAAAAAUAAAAAUGAAAAUUAACGAUAUCGUGUUUGAUGUGGAUGAAGGGUCGGAGUGCACUUUCUCGCAAGAAAUCGCUUGCUACAUAAAGGAAAACUCGGAAUUUAUUUUUCUCGGAAACUGCGACAAUAAACUUGUUGCAACUCCGAAUAUUGAAAGGAUUAUAAAUAAAAAGUGA